AUGAUAUUCUUGUUUCGUUGUUUAUUCGGGGUUCCUUCCUUUUUAUCAAACUGCCGAAGAAAACCAGAUUUUCUUUUACCUCCUCCUUAUUCUUUUUCUUUCAUUUUCUUUCUUUCGUUUUUUCUUUUUUUUCUUUCUCUUGUUUUUUCUCCCUCGCUUUCAUUCUUUCUUUCCUUCUUUCUUUUUGUUUGUUUCUUUCUUUCUUUCACUUGCUUUCUCUCCCACUGUUUCUUUUUCUUUGUUCCUUUUAUUUUCCGUUUCUUUUUGUUUUCUCUCCCUCUCUUGCUUUCUUUCUUUUUCUUUCUCUUUUUUACUCUUUCUUUCUUUUGUUUUCCCUGUCUCUUUCUGUCUUUCUUUUGUUCUCUCUCUCUUCCUUCCUUUCUUUCUUUCACUUGUUUUCUCUCCAUCUCUUUCUUUUUCUUUCUUUCUCUUGUUUAUUCUCACUCUUUUCUUUUGUUUUCUCUGUCUCUUUCUUUCUUUUCUUUUGUUUUCUGUCUUUCUUUCCUUCUUUUGCUCUUUCUCUCUCUCUCUCUCUUUCUUUUCUUUCUGUAUUUUUCUUUCUGUCUCUUGUUUUCUCUCCCUCUCUUUCUUUUUUCUUUCUUUCUAAAUUGCGAGUGUUGUGUGUAG